GGGAGGGGGGAGGACAAGAUGUGAGUGCCCAGAAAACGAGAAACAGAGAGAGGUGUCAAUGAGUUCCCGCGAGAUGUGACGGAAGCCUGUGAAGGACCUGGGCCUUCAUGUGCGGUUCGGCCGGUGGUCGUGCGAGGGGACCAUUGUCAUGACAAGGAGAUUAUAAUAAGUUCACCUUAUGAAAUUCAACUUACAUGUGAAAUCUGCCAGGUAAUACAAGGACCUGUGGAAUAUGAGUGAUGACAAACCCUUUUUAUGCACUGCCCCUGGAUGUGGACAGCGUUUUACCAACGAGGAUCAUUUGGCUGUCCAUAAACAUAAACAUGAGAUGACACUGAAAUUUGGUCCAGCUCGUAAUGACAGUGUCAUUGUAGCUGAUCAGACCCCAACACCAACCCGGUUCUUGAAGAAUUGUGAAGAAGUGGGUUUAUUCAAUGAACUAGCAAGUCCUUUUGAAAAUGAAUUCAAAAAAGCUUCUGAAGAUGAUAUUAAAAAGAUGCCUCUAGACUUAUCACCUCUUGCAACACCAAUUAUAAGGAAUAAGAUUGAAGAGCCUUCAGUUGUUGAGACAACUCACCAGGAUAGCCCUUUACCUCAUCCAGAGUCCACUACCAAUGAUGAAAAGGAAGUGUCUCUACAGCAAACCGCGCAGCCUACGUCGACAAUUGUUCGUCCAGCUUCUCUACAAGUUCCUAAUGUAUUGCUGGCGAGUUCUGACUCAAGCGUCAUUAUUCAGCAAGCCCUACCUUCACCAACUUCUAGCACUGUCAUAACACAAGCUCCAUCCUCCAACAGGCCAAUAGUACCGGUGCCAGGUCCUUUCCCUCUGCUAUUACAUCUUCCUAAUGGACAAACCAUGCCUGUUGCUAUUCCUGCCUCGAUCACAAAUUCCAACGUCCACGUCCCAACCGCAGUUCCACUUGUUAGACCUGUCACCAUGGUGCCUAGUAUCCCAGGAAUUCCCGGGCCCUCCUCCCCACAGCCUGUGCAGUCCGAAGCUAAAUUGAGAUUAAAAGCUGCUUUGACCCAGCAGCACUCUCAGGUAACAAAUGGAGAUACUGCUAAGGGACAAACUAGUGGAUUGGUUAGAACUCAGUCUGAAGAAGCACGACCGCAGUCACUACAGCAACCUGCCACAUCUACUACUGAAACACCGGCUUCUCCAGCUCAGCCUGCACCUCAAACUCCAAAUACAGGUGGUCGCCGAAGAAGAGCAGCAAACGAAGAUCCUGAUGAGAAAAGGCGAAAAUUCCUAGAGCGGAACAGAGCAGCAGCUUCAAGGUGCAGGCAAAAAAGAAAAGUUUGGGUACAGUCUUUGGAAAAGAAAGCAGAAGACUUGAGCUCAUUAAAUGGUCAAUUACAGAAUGAAGUCACCCUGCUGAGAAAUGAAGUGGCGCAGCUGAAACAGCUUCUUCUGGCUCAUAAAGAUUGCCCUGUAACCGCCAUGCAGAAGAAAUCUGGCUAUCAUACUACAGAUAAAGAUGAUAGUUCUGAAGACGUUUCCGUGCCAAGCAGUCCUCACACAGAAGCUAUCCAGCAUAGUUCUGUCAGCACUUCCAAUGGCGUCAGUUCGACCUCCAAGGCAGAAGCAGUGGCAACGUCAGUUCUCACCCAGAUGGCAGAGAGUACAGAGCCCGUGCUUUCACAGAUUGUAAUGGCUCCUCCGUCCCAAUCGCAGCCUUCAGGAAGUUGAUUAAAAACUUGUGUUGCUUCUUAGAUAUUCCUUAGCAACUUCAAAGGGAAACCAAGGAAAUCAGCCUUCACCUAGAAAAAUUUCUGUAGCUUAAAAAAUAUUCAUCUGUAAAAUUCAAACUUGAAUUUGGCUUUGAAAGUUGGCAAACAAAGGAAUUGCACAGCAGGUUCUGGUUUCUUAAUAGACACCCAGGUUAGGUUUUUUUUUCAUUUUUUAUUAGGAUUGCUAGUUAUUUUCAGUGCUCGUUGUGUAUAGUGUUGGUACAGUCGAAAUGUACUUGCUUCUCUAGCAUUUGGUGAUAUUCCAAGAACCAUUGAGAUCAGUUAUUUAAUGCUCACCCCCAAAACUGUGAUAGUAAUCUUGUAACAUUUUAUACCAAAGUUCUGCAAAGAUUCCUAUUGACUUUGUAUAGUCAACAAGAUCAUAAAGCACUAGGCAAGAGGAGGAAAAAAAGGAACAGUAAAUUUGCUUUGAGUCUUUUUGCCUUUUUAUUGUUUUGCACAUUAUGAGAGGAGAACCAUUGGGAGAAUAUGUUUGAUUAUAUUGUGUAGCAUUUUCUUUGGCUUUUUACUGUUCGGGUGUUAUUGUUUUUUAAAGAAUUUUGUUUAAUAGGGCCAGUACAGUAUAUGAUAUACAGUACUUUUUAUGCACAUAUGUAAUCUUGAUCAGGGUCAUUACUAGCUAGACUUUCUUUUUUAAAAACAUGUUGGCUUAGUUAGCACUUCCAUUUUUAAAAUCAGGACAGGAGCUUCAUUUCUGCAGCUACUUUCGUCUCACUAGACUAACGAAGAACAACAGACAGAUACUCUACAGGGUUAUGAAAAAUGGAAUACUUUUUCAAAGUCAACUUGAUGUUUUGUGGGUUCUUGAGUCUUUAGAGUGAGGAUCUUAUUCAUGCACCAAGAUGGUAUGGACGCCAGGGAAGUUUUUAAAAUUCCCCUCAUCAAGCAACUCAAGACUUCUUUUUCUUUUGGCUUUUUUUUUGUCGGUCAUUGUCAAGUAUUUGCAAGGUAACUUGUACUUUAUUCUUGUGUAAGCACUGUCAUCCUUUAGUAGCAAAUUUUUGAUAACUUUCUUGUGGAAAAUAAAAUCGAUAUCUACCGUUCCGUGAAAACAAUGUAAUUAUAGUGUGAAGUGUGUCUGUGUGAGUGCGUGUGUGUGAUUGAAAGAGAGAAUGGUUGUGUAGUUUAUGCCAGCAACCUGUGCUUGAAUGUUUAAAGAUGCCUUCAGUGUGAUGCUGGCUUCAUAGAGAAUUGAAGUUUUGAAAUGUUAUUUACUGUGUGAACUUGGAUAACUAACAUUCCACGAUGUAGUUUGUUUCUGAUGAGAUGAUUGUAGGUACACUCUUUCUCAUUAUCCAAUCAACUGUAGGAUAUUGAGUUUUUUUAAUGUGCCAUUAUCUAUUUUAAUUCUGUACUCAUGUUCAAAAUACAAUAUAAUAUUUUAUGAUUAAGUUGUAAAAGAACAAAAAUAGGUGUGUGAUUUCACAUUUUAAAAAAACACCUUUGUAUAAUAGCAAAGUAAAUUACACAGUAGCAACAUCUGGCAGUAAAACUGAACUCUAUUAUGUAUAUAACAAAACACUUUAAUGCAUUUAUUGUGGGUUGUGUAACUCAUUUGUUCUACUCUGUUCUACACACUGUUUUUGAACCUAGGUGCCAUCAAAACUAUGAAAUGAGACAUUCAGUUUUAAAUCAUUGAAUUGUAAUUGGUGGUAGUAGCAGAGGACAACUCUAAUUUGUAUGAUGUACAACCAAACAAGAAUGGAAGCUGGACAAAGUCAUCUUAAAUUAUGUAUAUAUCAUUUCAAUGCUUUAAGUCUGAAAAUAAGAAUUUAAAUAUUUUGUGUAUUAAAAAAUGUAAGGAUACGUGUUUUUGCGUAGUUUGCAAAAAGUAUUCUAAAUGUGUUCAUUUUAUCAGGUUUUUUUUAAAGGAAUUUAAUUUUGGAAAACAAGUUUUCAGAAUUUUUUUUAAGUACUGCAAGUAGAGUGAGAGAAUCUCAGGCACAAAAUGUGAAUUCUGUAAGAAAACUGUACAGAUAACUGCCCUGAUCCAGCUCUGGUCCUACCAGAAUGUGGUAAGGGAUGGAGAUGUGUGUUAUGAAUGCACAUCCAGUUGAAAGCAGAUGCAGUGCAAACAGAAGGCAUUCUUGUGCUCAUAUGUAUCCAAUUCCACUUACUCAUCUCCUUUUUGGAUCAGGGCAAAUUUCUCCCAUUGUGGAUUGGGUGAACUAGAUGUGGACCAAUGUGGUUACGUUUGCUCCCCUAAGUAUUAUGGGCAUAAUUCCACCAGACACUGCUCUUCUUCCUCCCUUCAUCUCUGUUCCUAAGCAACCCAUUGAAAUGAAUGGUGUUUCUGCAGUAGCAAUGCCUGGUGCUGUAUAAGGCAGUCCUAUUUUUAAAAAAUCUUAUUUAAUAUAAAGGUUGUUUUGGGUUUUUUUAGUAAUAAAGUUGUUGCUGUUGUAAAGUAAAUCUAAAUAUGUGUGAGGAAACAUGUAAAUGAUUUUAAUGGUAGGGUUAGUAAAAAUCCUAUCUAUGUUCAGCAAGCAGGAAAAAAAGAAACCCAGUUGUACAACUAUCAAUUCCAUUUUAAAAUGUAUGUCACACUACUUCUGUACAUCGCAUUUGAGAUCUUUGCAUUUGACAUGUUUCACAAACUGUACUGUUAUCUUCCGUGUGCAGUUUGCAUGAGUAAAUCAUCAGAGAAUAAAAUCUAUCUUUAAAUUGUA